ACUAACCAAUGGGAUACGUUUGUUAUUUCUUUCAAUAUUAAAAAAUAAAAUAAUCUGUGCAAGAAUGGUUAAGGAUGUAUGUGAAACGGUAAAAGGGCAUUUUCUUGAUAGAAAUCGUAUCGUAUCGUAGUAGGAUGUUGUAAAAAUGAAUUUGCAUUUAUGUUUAUUCCUGGUUAUAUUGAAACUUUUGGGAGCAACUUCGUUAGAAACUUUUACCGAAGAGUUGUUGAUAAAACCUUUGUACAGCGAGCAGUUGUAUGUACACUUUCAGUUCGUUACGAAAUGGGAUAUAAAUUCUGAAACUGAAAAUUAUUUGCAUUCCCGACUUUUUCCCCGAGCGCUUGGGGAAAUUAUCAACAGACAUAACAUUGAAGAGUUGCAUGUUUCUUUGACAGGAGGUUUGUGGCGAUAUGAGACUUGGGGUUAUCCAGUAGUCGAUGCUGCUCCUGGGGCAGAGGUUUGGGCGUGGUUUAAAUCAGACACAGAAGAUGUGAACCUGAAUUGGAAACUACUUGCAAACUCAUUAUCUGGGCUUUUGUGUGCCUCAUUUAAUUUUGUAGAUGGUUCGAAUACAAUAAGUCCACAGUUUUCGUUUAGACCUGCAGGUGUUAGAAAUAAUUCAUCAAGUAAUAAUACAUUCUUGAGGUACUCGAGUUUACCCCGUGAGGUUGUGUGUACAGAAAAUUUGACCCCAUUUAAAAAAUUGCUCCCAUGUGAUUCAAAAUUGGGCCUAGCGUCUCUUUUAAAUUCUGGAUAUAUACAUAAUACUCGAUAUCAUUCUUUAGCAUUACAUUUGCGUCCAGUUUGUCAGACAGAGGAGUGUGAUGCAAUUACUAUGGAACUUCAACUAUCAGUGUCUCUUGUUUAUGAUUAUGCUAUAUUAGGUACAAAAAACUGGUCUUUCAAAAAAUUGUUUGGUGUAGGAUUAAAUGGAAAGUGUCCACUAGCUGUAGAAAGUAAUAUUUAUAUUGAUCUAUCAAGUAAUUGCUCACAGAAAUUUGAAUUAAUUCCACGUCCAAAUCAGAUUAUUACUUCUGUUAGAGGGGGUCAUGCUAGCCUGUUUGGCAGAUACAAUAUUGAACCUUACUUUUUCAGUAUUGCUGCUCUCUAUGACGAGCAAAAUGGUGUGGCAGUUAUUUCUCCUCCAGCUGUGUAUGCAAAUCAGCAUCUCACCGGCUAUGGACAGGAGAGGGGUGGAAUUGUUACUAAAAUUUUUAAUAGUUAUUGGGGCACAUUAGAUGUUGUAUUACUGCAAAAUAUUGCAUGGUAUGUACCUGUAUACCUGCAUACAUUAAAGAUUACGUCGAGAGGACAGGAAAUUGAACCCAAAGUUGUAAAAUAUGCACCAGGGAGACAAAGAGAGAAGCCUUACUAUUUAGAGAUUUUACUAACUGUACCACCCCAGUCAGUUACAAUAGUAUCAAUAGAUUUUGAUUAUGUGUUUUUAAAAUGGCAGGAAUAUCCACCUGAUGCAAACCAUGGAUUUUACAUCGGUUCAGCCAUAUUAUCUAGUUAUUUGCCUUUGGCUCGAAAUUAUACAGGUGUGCCUCAAGACUCUUGUAUGAUAUCGGCGAGUUUUAAUGCUUCUCGCAGUGGCUAUUUGGUCCAAGUACGUACCGAGAGCAUGGUGAUCACCUUACCCACGCCUGAUUUUAGUAUGCCUUAUAAUGUUAUAUGCUUAGCUUGUACAGUAGUUGCUUUGGCCUUUGGACCAUUGCACAAUAUUACCACUAAGAGACUGGUGUUAAAGAAGAAGAAUGAAGAAAAACUCAUAAUCCGACUAAAAAAUAAAAUUGUGAAAUUAUUUAGUAAUUAAAACAAAAUGUGAGUUUAGAAUAGUUACUUUUUGUGUGAUCUUAUUUUUUGCUUUUAUUUUUUCGUUAUGAAAACUCAGAAAUGUUGGCAGUUGAUGUUGAUAACAAUAAAACAAGUGAAAUUUUAAA